CAGAGGCGGGGAGCCCCGAGCCGGGAGCGGAACCGGCUUGGCCCGUGUGUCAUCGUGUGGGGCAGAGAAGCAAACACGCCCGGGAGCUUCCCCCUAUGACUUAACAGUUUCUCCUCGACGGUGGAGGCGGCCGGGCCCCCGCUCCAUUAACGACGCCCCCUCAUCCUCCACGACAGUAGGGCGGCUUCACAGACCCUUCACCAGGGCCGACCAACACCUCAGGCUACCCCCCUCCCCAGACCAGCCCUACGGAAACGGCAGGGAGCAGGGACCAGCCCUACCCCAGCCAGUUUCGCCCAGGUGUGGGGGGAGAGGCUUAACAGCGCGCCCGGAGGAGGAGCCGCCGCCGCCGCCCCCUGCGCGUCCCAGGUGUAACCGGAGCCGGGAGGGCGCGGCGCAGCCACCACCACCUGCAGAACCUGUCGGACCGCUCACAUCGCCUCGCCGCUGCGCACGCUGCGCUCCUUCUCCUUCGCCCGCGUCUCGCAGGAUUUUUUUCCCCCAGCCUCUGCGCCCCGCCGCCGGCCUUGAGCCAUGAAGCCGCUCUGUGGGGCUGCGCUCCUACUGCUGCUUUGCGCCGCUACCUGUGCCCAGCAGGACUCCUGCAUUUGCGAGAAGAACAAGCGUGUCACCAACUGCAAGUUGUCCAGCGGCGUCUGCUGGUGCGAGUCGGUGGGCUCCGGCACGCCUGUGAACUGCGACACGCUGACUUCAAAAUGCCUGUUGAUGAAAGCGGAAAUGACGGGCUCAAAAUCAGGUCGUCGUGAGAAACCAAAAGAUGCGUUUGAAGAUACUGAUGGUCUUUAUGAUCCCGAGUGUGAAAGUGGUGGUGGUUUCAAGGCGAAGCAGUGCAGUGGAAACACCUGUUGGUGUGUGAAUACAGCCGGUGUUAGAAGAACUGACAAACAUGAUGCCGAUUUGAAGUGCAAUAAAUUAGUCAGAACAACGUGGAUCAUCAUUGAAAUGAAACAUGCUGAGAGAAAUGCUCCUCUGAACACUGAAUCUUUAAAGAAGUUCUUCAAGGAAACAAUUACCAAUCGUUACCUGCUGGAUGGACGCUAUAUAAGCGUUCUGUAUGAAAAACCUUACAUAACUAUUGAUUUGAAGCAAAAUGCCUCGGACAAAUCUUCUAGAGAUGUGGAUAUAGCCGAUGUGGCCUACUACUUGGAAAAAGAUGUAAAAGGUGACUCCAUCUUUCAUAGCAACAGAGUAAACUUCAACAUUGAUAACGAAACGCUGCAUUUUGAGGAGACCGCGGUCUACUACGUUGAUGAAGUGGCACCAGAGUUUUCCAUGAAGUCUCUGACUGCUGGCCUCAUUGCUGUCAUUGUAGUAGUAAUAAUAGCAAUAGUUGCUGGAAUUGUUGUUCUGGUCUUCACAAGGAGGAGGAAAGGGAAGUACGUGAAAGCAGAGAUAAAGGAAAUGAAUGAAAUGCAUAGAGGACUGAACGCGUAACUAAAUCAGCUGAAGAUGGAGUAAGAUUCAAACAGAAGACAACAGAAAAAUUGGAGGCACGGAUCUUAACUCUUAAAAGAUUCCUCCUGAAAAAGAGCCAAUUGUGCUCACUUAAUGAUUGUUUUAACAGCCAAGACUGGUAACCACACUACUGCUUUUACUGUUUGUUGAGAGUUAAAUCUUAAACGCCCCAUCUUACUCAAGUGAAACUAAACUUUUGCUCCCUGAUUUUAUUUUUUUUUUAUGAUGUUGAAAUGAGUUGACAACUGCUGUUACUAGGGUUUUGGAGCAUACACGCUUAAAUGGUUAUUUUACCCUUGUGGGAGAUUUGUUGAGAAAGGUGGGUUUUGUAGACACAUUUUAGCAAGACUUAUCUCCUGUAUAACUGAACAUGAUGUUUUUAUGGCUGUGUGUACAUAUUUGAAGUUGCUGUAACUUUUUUAUGACUUGAAUUAAUAAAACUUUGAAACAGG